GGCGGAGUCCAUGUUCGGCAUUGAAAUGUCGUUGGCUUAUUUCUUCGCUGGGCAAAUGCAAAAACAGGAGAUAAGUUCUGUUUACUGCAGAUAUUGACCUGAAUCAACCUAGAUCCAACCUGCCGAGCUUUUCCUCUCACACAAUUGCAGCCUGCUCUGUCUUCUCAAAUUUUGCAAGCACAGCGUGAUCUCAACUCAUAAGCAUAUCUCCGCACAACAUGGAUGGCUCCAACACCUCAGAUAAACAGUCCAAGACAUCCCAAUACCUCGCCACCCUCCCAUCCAAGCAUGUCGCCCCGCUCUGGACCGUGAUGGGCGCCAUGGUACCCCCGCGCCCCAUGCCCAAGGCUCAAGUAGCCCAAUGGAAAUACGACGAGAUUCGCCCGCUGCUCCUCGAAGCCGGAAAAGUUGUCGACGCGCAAGAGGCUGAGAGACGGGUGCUUAUGCUCGUUAACCCGGCCAUGCAGGCGCCGCACACAACAGACACCAUCUAUGCGGGGCUGCAGCUGAUUCUUCCCGGUGAGACAGCGCCGGCGCACCGACAUACUGCAUUUGCCUUACGGUUUAUAAUCGAGGGGGAGAGGGGGUUCACAGCUGUGGGUGGCGAGAAGGUGGUUAUGAAUCGAGGAGAUGUUAUACUGACGCCGAGCUGGGACUGGCAUGACCAUGGUCAUGAGGGCGAGGGCCCAAUGAUCUGGCUCGACGGCCUCGACCUUCCGCUGUAUCAAGCCUUCCCGACAAACUUCGCAGAGGUGUACACGGAGAGCCGGUAUCCCAGCAAUCCAACGGCAGAUGACUGUGAGCUGAGAAUCGGCUGGGACGAGGUGCGAAGGUUCCUCGACUCGCAGGAUGGCCCGCACGCCAUCUACCACUACCAAGUCGGCCGGGAGGAUGCGAAGAGGCCGCUUUCACUCACUAUGGGAGGCCAAGCGGAGCGCGUUGAUUCUGGUUCGGAGAGUGUAUCCAUGCGAGAGUCCUGCUCUUAUGUGUACCAUUGUUUUGAAGGACGGGGCCGAACUACACUUCUUUUGGCUAACGGAGCCACGGAAGUGGUUUACUGGGCCAGGGGGGACACUUUUGCGGUUCCGGCGUGGUCGGAAAGGGUGCAUAAAGCGGAGGAACAGCGCAGCUAUUUAUUCGCUGUGAAUGACCUUCCACUGCUUACAAAUCUCGGUAUGUAUCGUAAGGAAUAGUUAAGGGACCUGGUAGUGUGCUGGUAUAAUUCGAUUUCAUCACUUGAUUGGCUAGUAGGUUAAUGGCACAGCGCUAAAUACAGUGGCAUUAACGGAUUAUGAAAACUG